AUGCAUUUCUCAAGCUGCCUGCUCGUCUCGGCUUUGGCCUUGGUUGCCAACGUUGCUAUUGCCUCUCCUCCACCUCUCCAGCAGGUGAGCCGUCCUGCUCUCAAAGACUCGACCAUCUACCGCUCCACUGUCUACUGCGGCGAAUGUCCCGAGGGUAAUUGCUACAAGUGUACUCUCGGCCAUAACAACACCCUCAUCGCCAAUACUGGUGGCAUGGCCUACCUCCGCGCCCUCGUCGGUUUCCAGCUUCCCGUCCCAGCCAAGAAGGUCGAGAAGUGCACCGUCCAGUUCCCUGCCUUCGUCAAGCUGAUGGAAAGCCCCAUCAACAUCACUGUCUCUGAGGCUCUAUCUAACGACUGGGACGAGGAUACCGUCACUGGCGAGAAUGCUCCCGAGACCAGUGAACCAUUCAGCACCGCCCAUGUCCCGGCCCUGAACAACCCACCUGCUCUCGAUGCCACCCAAGCCUGCAGGAAUGCUGCUCGGAAUGGCGACUUCUCCAUCUACGUUGGUGCCCAGUUUGGCCGUUUCGAGAUCUGGUCCAAGGAUUCCGGCAACCCAGCCAUCCUCCACAUCUAUCACAAGUGA